UUUUUGUUUGGAGUUUAAUUAUAAAUAAAUAAUUAAAAAAUGGCAUUGGAAGCAGUUUGCGGUAUUUCGGAUGCAGCUUUUAUGAAGAAUGAAUUUACUAAAAAUUUAACAAGUUUUGAAGAUGAUAUUGUUAGAUAUUCAGGAAAUUUUAAAAAUCCUAUGUGUCUAGCUAUGCCUCCAUUUGAAAACCCUUGUGAGAACUUUCAAAAAUUAAUAGCUGAUGGAGAAAAAAGUGGCAUUAAAAUUGAUUUUGAUCAUGGAACUACAACUUUGGGAUUCAAAUUUCAAGGUGGUGUCUUAUUGGCAGUAGAUUCUCGUGCAACUGGAGGACAAUUUAUUGGAUCACAAACAAUGAAAAAAAUUGUUGAAAUAAAUCGUUAUCUGUUAGGGACAUUGGCUGGAGGUGCUGCAGAUUGUGUAUAUUGGGAUCGUGUUCUAUCGAAAGAAUGUCGUUUACAUGAACUAAGAAAUAAAGAAAGGAUUUCCGUGGCCGCAGCUAGUAAAAUUAUGGCAAAUAUAGCACAUUCAUACAAAGGUAUGGGUUUAAGUAUGGGAAUGAUGUUGGCAGGUUACGAUAAACGUGGUCCUGGUUUAUAUUAUGUUGAUUCAGAAGGUAAUCGUACCCCAGGAAACGUCUUUUCCGUUGGUAGUGGUUCAAUAUAUGCAUUUGGUGUGCUAGAUUCUGGAUACAAAUGGGAUUUAACAGAUGAAGAAGCUCAAGAAUUAGGUAGGAGAGCGAUAUACCAUGCAACAUUUAGGGAUGCAUAUUCUGGUGGUAUAGUGAGAGUCUAUCAUAUAAAACCGGAUGGUUGGGUAAAUAUUUCCAAUCAAGAUUGCAUGGACUUACAUUAUGAGUAUGAAGAAAAAGAAAAGAAAGCUAAACAAUAAUUUGUGUGUCUACAAUUUUAAGAUUUUUUAAUAUCAAUUAAUAAAAAAGGAAAAAACAUGACAUAAAUUUGUUUUUAA